AUGGAAUUUGCUAUGUGGCAACCCAUUUGGACGUACAUCCUUUGUUGUAUUGGCUGCAUUUUGGCAAUUGGCCAGCUGGAUAUUAGUGCAGAGGAAGUUGACUGGAAACCCACAUUUAGAAAUUCAGCUAAGCACUCCCAAAGUGAUGAUGUUUCACGAUUGUUUCAAUUGCUUGUGGAGAAGCCUGGAGACCGAGGGCUCUUGCCAAGGAAGAAACGUGACGUUCUUUUGUCCAGUGGAGUACGCCUGUGCAGUCAAGAGACAGUGCAGAAAGCCAUCACUAACCACCUUAAAUACUACCAGCUCAGAAUUUGUCAGGUAACCGUGUGGGAGGCCUUCAAAAUCUUUUGGGACCGCCUCCCUAAUCAGAAUGAGUACCAGAGCUGGAUGAGCCCAUGCCAGGCUGGGACAGUCACCAUACAGGAGAUUGGCUAUGCUUUUAGCCAAUCAGAGGAACACUUAGCACUGGUCCACAAAAGAGACACAUAUAUCCUCAGCCUGCAGAUCACUAAUGAGAUUGAGAUGGAGGCUGCUGCUUUGCCUACACCAACUCUGGUUGAGCAGAGGGUGGAGCUGACUUUGUUACUGGCGGGAGAGCUGUGGAGUGAAGAGCUGUCCAACCCCACUAGCAAUAAGCAUCGCAGACUCACUCAGCAGUUCACGGAGAAGAUUUCAGCUGCUUUGGAGAAACUGGAAGAAUUCAAGAGUGUAUUAGUGCUGGAUGUCAGGCCACAGAUGGAUUCCUCAAGCAUUGAAAAGGCAGUGCUGGUGGAUUAUGUUGUUUUCCUCCAGACCAGCAGUGAAGAGAUAAGCAGUGAGACACUGGACUUCAUUAAUCUUCAAUCAAUCAUGGAUAAAACUGUAGCUGUUGAGAAAACAACCGAUCUGCCUGAAGUAGUGACCAAGGAGCUACUUAUUAUUGAUGACCUGUUGGGUCCUACAAUCUCAGAACAGGAAGGUAUGGGAGAACAUGAGGUCAUAAUUCUAGAUGAGGACACAUCUCUUUUCAUUGACCAUCCCAGCAGUAGUUUCUCAGAGGACGUUGAAGACAAGGGCUUGUUGUCACUGUUUCCCCCCAGCAAGAGUCCUUCUGUGGAUGGUGAAGCUGUUGGUCACUUUACCGACUCCAAGCAAGACAGUGAUGUCACAACAGCUGACCUUGAUCUUGCCUCUGGAUCUGGUGCAGGAGAAGAUGAUUGGCUAUGGGUGACUGUCCUCCCUACUGAUGCUAAAGAGCCAGUUGGAGCAACAGAAGGUGACAAAGAGGUUUUGAUUAAUGUAGAAAUGCCCCUGGUAGAAGACUAUGACUUCUCCACCAUUACCACAACUACAGAGGUGGUUGAGGAAGACCAAAUGUUGCCUGAGGAAAUACCUGGACUGAUGACUGUUGAAUCUAAAGGGAAUGAAGACAAUCAAGUUGGUAGUGAUACACCACAUAAAGUGGAAGAGACAAAAGCUACCCCAGAACCCAUGGUAGACCUCAUACUACCUGCAGAGGAAGAGAUGCCAGAGAAAGACAACAAGGAGGAAACCAUUCUAUUAGAAACACGAAAGUAUGAGGAAGCUGAAUUUGCUGUGAUCACAAUGAAGGAAUCAGAGGAAAUUGGUGAAAAGAUAGGGAUGGAUGUUGACAUUACCAAAGUAGCAAAGGAAGGAAACAAUUUUGUACUAACAGAUGUUUCACCGAUACAGUUUUUCGAGGAAGAUCUAACAGAAGAUGAGGUCCUGGUGUUCACUAUUAAACCAGCAGGCCCGGUCUAUCCAACACCUCUUUCACCAGAGAAAGAAUCUCCCUUUACCCUCAUCACCAUGAUGCCUCCAGGGGAGGUGGGGUUAGAGCCUACUUCAAACUCGGAAGUCAUGAGCACAUCUCUGGAUUAUAAUAUGAUCCAUCUUGGAGAGGAAGAGGGUAGUGGCAUUGCUGGUGUCUUCCAGGGUGAUGAGCUCCCCAGCUUUGCUAUGCCAACUAACCCUGGGCGAGAUUUGAUAGUUUUUUUCAGUCUUCGUGUAACUAACAUGAUGUUCUCUGAGGAUCUGUUCAACAAGAGCUCUCCAGAAUACAAAGCCUUGGAGCAGCGGUUCAUUGAACUGCUGGUGCCAUAUCUUCAGUCAAACCUCAGUAACUUUGAGAAUUUGGAGAUCCUGAACUUUAGGAAUGGAAGUAUUGUGGUGAACAGUCGUAUGAAGUUUGGGAAGCCUGUUCCUCGUGGAGUCAACACAGCUGUUUACCUCAUUCUAGAGGACUUCUGCAACACAGCUUACCAGACCAUGAACCUCGCCAUUGACAAAUAUUCACUGGAUGUUGAAUCAGGUGAACAGGCAGACCCGUGCAAGUUCCAGGCAUGUAAUGAGUUUGCAGAGUGUACAGUGAACCGCUGGUCAGGUGAGGCUGAAUGUGUGUGUAACGCUGGUUACUUCAGCGUGGAUGGACUACCCUGCCAGAGCAUCUGUGACCUGCAGCCUGACUUCUGCCUGAAUGAUGGGAAAUGUGAUGUCAUUCCAGACCAAGGAGCCAUCUGCAGAUGUCGUGUGGGGGAGAACUGGUGGUACAGAGGGGAACAUUGUGAAGAAUAUGUAUCUGAGACACUCGUAGUAGGCAUUGCCAUAGCAUCUGUUGCAGGGUUCCUGCUUGUGGCGUCAGGAGUAAUCAUCUUCUUAGCAAGAACUCUGAGAGACCAGUAUGACUACAAGGAAGAAAUGGAGGACCCAAUACGGAGAGGGGACAGUAUUCCAUCUCUAGACAGGGCCACUAAGUAUAACCCCAUGUAUGAAAGUGAUUUAACGACAGGCUACAGCCAUUACUACCGGCGGUACCCUGACCCACUAAUCCACAGCAGUGCCAGUGCUGAGGCGUCCACAGACUUCAGCAGUGAAGAGAUACACCAUAUUUAUGAGAACAGUGAGCUCACCAAGGAGGAGAUUCAAGAUCGUAUUCGCAUACUUGAACUCUAUGCGAGAGAUCGUCAGUUUGCAGACUUUUUGCUGCAGCAUCAAAUAACAAUGGAUAAUCGAAGAGAAAGUUCCUCCACAUAGUCAACACAUGCCUACUGAGUGCAACAGGAUGAAGAAACUUGCCUUGUCUUUGGGAAAUGGCAUCUAGGUGAUUCCAGAAUGCUUUCCAUUAUCAGCCUCUCCUCUUAGAGAUCUAUCUACAGAUCUUUCUAAAAAUAUGGUUUAAGAAAGAACAAUCUGUGUU